AUGUCGGAUCCAUCCAGUGGCUUUGAAGUGUUUGUCAACUUUGGGGAACAGCGUCGUAGAGAUGUCAGCUUUUUGAUCAGUGUGAUCUUGUGGCUGAAACAGUCAGAUGUUCACGUUCACCUGGAAGUAGGAGGCAGAGUCCUGAUAAAUAAUAAAGUGGUGACCCUCAGCAGCUCAGUACAGGACUUUAAUGGUGUUAAGAUCUCCAAGAAUGAAAACGGAGUCACAGCAAGUUUUAUAACCUCGAAACUCAGCAUAUCUGUGUUCUUGGAUUGCCACACAGCACAGAUCUACAUGGAGUCACCUCUUGGAUAUUCUGCUGAUGGUUUGUGUUUUGACUCCAGCAAUACUUCACAAUCAAGGCUCGCUCAGUCAGCCAGCUGUGAGGUUCAGUACUCUGACGAUCCUGACAGUUGUGUCAACUGCACUCUGGCAACUAAACGGUGUAACAUGUUGACAAAAGCACCCUUCGCCUCCUAUAAUGCCAACAUUGACCCAACACCAUACAUCAAUGCCUGCAAGGAAACUAUGUGCAAAUAUCCAUCAGAGGACGGCCUCAUGACUCAGUUCCUGUGGGCCUACGCCAGAGCCUGCAGUUUGUAUGGCAACAAUGACCUGGGAGACUGGUGGACCAAGGCUGAAUGCUCCCCACCUAAGGCAUUUUGCAUGGACAAACUCUGUAGUGACCAUGAGUUCUGUGGAUGGAACAUCAAUGGACAACCUGCCUGUCUUUGCAGAGCUCUGUUUGCCUACAAGUAUAAGAAGUCCAACACUCUGGGUGAACCAACUGUCUGUAAGCAUAAUACUGCUUCAGUCACUCUUGCUAAAUGUCUCCUGGAGGAAAAAUGCAUCGACUACAAAGUCUUACAUCUYAAUGACCCRACCUGYAAGGGUGCCCUSGACAACCAGACCAACAUGGUGACUUUCAGCUUCAACACCCAAAACCUCUGUGGAGCAGAGAUCUCGUAUGAAGAAAACACAAUAGACUAUGUAAACACCAUCAAAAGCCAGAAUAACACCGGCCUCAUCACCCGCAAUGACCAAGUGUUCAUUGAGUUCUCCUGCUAUCGUCCUCAACCUGAACUGAAGAGCGUGUGCUUCAGGAUCAAAGACAACAGCUACGUGGGCAACAGAUCAUGUGGAGAAUGGAAUUACACUGUGUACAUGAUGCCCUAUAUAGAUGCAAAAUGCUCUAAAGCUGUAGCAACAGAAACUGAUGUGAAGCUCAACCAGAAGGUCUGGGUGGAGCUGAAGACCUAUGGGCUGGAUGAUGACAGCAUCGCUGUGGUGACCGACUCAUGCUGGGCAACCAGUGACCCAAACCCUGACAGCACACCCAGAUAUGACCUGAUCAUAGACGGCUGUGCCAACCCUGAAGAUGAGACAGUUCAGGUGACAGGAAAUGGAAUAGGAACUUCCAACCGCUUCUCCUUCAACAUGUUUGAGUUUUCCAGACAUCCUGAUAAAAUCUAUAUGCACUGCCAGCUCGAGCUGUGUCUCACAAAGAAACACAACUGUGUACCGGUGUGCUCCUCAGGUAAAAGAAGACGUAGGUUUGCCAGAUCCACUUACAGCAAGGGAGAAUCAGCUUACAUCAGCAUGGGCUGGAGUAAAUAGAUGUUUUCAUGGUGAUCCUGACUGACCUACUGGCUGCAGACCUUCAUGGACCUGAGUCCUGGUCCAGAGUUUAACAGUGCGAAA